CAACAUGUCCGUGAAACAAGUAGUGUUUGUCUGCGUGCUUGCCACAUUCGGUUUGGCCCUAGGCCAACGUGAACCCUCACUCGAAGUGAUGAGCGCGCUGAAGGAGCUUCAACCACGCUACCGGGAAAUUCAAGACUUCGUCAUCAACCGACUUACCGAGGCACGGCUCAACAGUUCGCAGGUGAUCUUCAACUUCCACACCGAUGUGAUCACCACCAAGGAUCAGUUUGUGCGCGAUACGAUCGCGGAGGAACAGCAAGUCCUUACGAUUCUUGACCGUCAGUCCGAAGCAAUCGACCGGACCUGUCUCGGCUUCGUGCGUAGCAGUGUCGAUAUGAAUGUAAACCUGGUCGGCGUUUCCUACACCAACUGUAUCGUCCGCGUCGACGACACACUGGGUGAGGUGGUGCAGGAGUUUUACCGUACGGUUCAGCAGGACGAAACCCAGUACACCGGCAGCGGACUGUUGGGUGUAUUCCGUGGGGAGAACAUUUUCCACACACCGGAAAAUUUGAUCCAAAAGCUAAACGAACAGCUGGAGCAGUUGCGCGAAAAUCCAACCUUCAUCGCUACCGAACUGUUCGACCUUAUAGUGGAGUUCGAGCAGGAGCUGAAGGAGGUGAAGACCGGGUACGACGGUUGUCUGGAGAGUGGUACACAGUUGCUGCGAAACGCGCUGGAAAUUGCACGUGCGCAGGUGGUCCAGGUGUGCCUGGGAGAGUUGGAAGAAUCGAAUCCCUCUACGACCCUUGCUGAGUAGA